CCCACCACCAAAGCUUCGAUCAUCAUCAUCAUCAUGGAUCCGGAUCCGGAUCAUAACCCGAAUCAUCAUCGACCCAACUUCCCUCUCCAGCUUCUUGAUUCUUCUACCUCCUCCUCUUCCACUUCCCUAGCCAUCAUCUCUGCUACUUCCGAACCUAACUCCGAACCUAAGAAGCCUCCUCCUAAACGAACAUCAACUAAGGACCGACACACCAAAGUCGAAGGCCGAGGCCGUCGGAUCCGUAUGCCUGCCAUGUGCGCUGCACGUGUCUUUCAGCUCACACGUGAGCUUGGUCACAAAUCCGACGGUGAAACUAUUGAGUGGCUACUCCAACAAGCUGAGCCAGCGGUUAUAGCCGCUACAGGGACUGGAACCAUUCCGGCUAACUUCACUUCUUUAAACAUCUCACUUCGUAGCUCAAGAUCUUCUCUCUCCGCUGCACAUCUUCGUACAACACCGAGUAGCUAUUACUUUCAUUCACCUCAUCAGUCCAUGACUCAUCAUCUUCAACAUCAGCAUCAGGUUCGUCCCAAGAACGAGUCACAUUCUUCGUCUUCUUCUUCUUCGCAGCUUUUAGAUCACAACCAAAUGGGGAACUAUCUAGUACAAUCAACUGCUGGAUCUUUACCUACAAGUCAGAGUCCUGCUACGGCACCGUUUUGGAGUAGUGGUGACAACACACAGAAUCUUUGGGCGUUUAAUAUCAAUCCUCAUCAUUCCGGUGUUGUGGCCGGAGAUGUUUAUAACCCGAACGGUGGUGGUGGCGGCGGUAGUGGAGCUGGCGGUGGAGUUCAUUUGAUGAACUUUGCAGCUCCUAUUGCUUUGUUUUCUGGACAGCCUUUGGCUUCUGGUUACGGAGGAGGAGGAGGUGGCGGCGGAGAACAUAGCCAUUAUGGAGUUUUAGCGGCUUUGAACGCUGCUUACCGGCCGGUGGCUGAGACGGCGAACCAUAACAACAACCAACAAAACCGCGACGGAGAUCAUCAUCACAACCAUCAAGAAGAUGGAAGCACCAGUCAUCAUUCCUAGACAAACAUACACAAACAUAUAUAUUCUAGGUUUUUGCUUGAAGUAGUAUAUUUGGCUUGUGAAAUGUUUUUCUCAUUACUAUUGAGUGUGAGAGUUUUCUAAUGAGACACACUACUUGAUUAGGGUUUUUGAAUAAUUUCUACAUGUGUUU